UCUAGAUGAUAGAUGUAAAAGAGUGAUAAUAAUUUCUUCCUGAUAAUGAACUUGUUCCCAAAUUGGCUAAUGGGUAUUUUUAAAACCAUGCCAAAUUAAAGGAGUCCAACUAUCUCACUAGUCUUUUGUAACACGUGGGUUCAGGGAGACUGUAUGGGAUAUCCAGAAGAGUUCUACACAUAAAUUGGAUUUAAUUGCUCAAAGAGUUACUGGAGCUUUCUUUAAUUAGAAUGGAAAUAAGGAUAAGCUGUGCUCUUACAGCGAUGUGGUACUUAAGGGAGAAAACGAACAGCGUGCCUUCACGUAGCUGUUAGUGGGCAGAGGGGAGGGCCGGCUGAAAUCGUGGACCUUGCCAGCUUAUGUUUCUGUCUCCUCCUCACUUCUGCAGCUCUAUAGUGUGCCCUUCUCAUAGGCCUUCUUGCCUGUGUUGUAAAGCUCUUUGGCUGAGAUGGAUGACAGCAGUAUUAACAAAGAACUGAAGCAGGAAUUUUCCUAUUGUGAAGAAGAGAGUGAGAACGAAGGGCAGAAGGAAGCACAAGAGAGCAGGGAGGCCCAGAGCCAAACCCCAGAGAAGUCUGAAGUUCAGGAUUCAGAGGCAAAGUUUACACCUCCCAGGACUCCCCUUAGUAACGUACAGGAACUCCACACACUUCAGGAAAGAGACAAAGUGAGUCCAGACCAGGUUUUGAAGACUCCAGUGUCAGACUCUCGCAAAUGUCCUGAAACACCAGCCCAGCCAGACUCCAGGAGCAAGCUGCCACACUGUGCGAGUCCCUUCACUCCCAAAGGCCGGCUGAGCCAGUCGGUGAUUUCUUCAACAGGGAAGCUCCCCACCAGAAGCUCUAAGCAUCUGAGGCUCACACCUGGUCCCUUCACGGAUGAGAUGACCUCAUCAGCUCUGGUCAAUAUUAAUCCCUUCACCCCAGAGUCCUAUAGAAAACAAUUCCUUCAAUCCAAUGGCAAGAGGAAAAGCCGAGGGGAUCUUGAGGAAGCUGGUCCAGAGGAAGGCAAGGCAGAACAAGGGCUGCCUGCCAAGAGAUGUGUUCUACGAGAAACCAACAUGGCUUCCCGCUAUGAAAAAGAAUUCUUAGAGGUAGAAAAAAUUGGGGUUGGAGAAUUUGGUACAGUCUACAAGUGCAUUAAGAGGCUGGAUGGAUGUGUUUAUGCAAUAAAACGCUCUACGAAAUCUUUUGCAGCAUUAUCAAAUGAGAAUUUGGCUUUGCAUGAAGUUUAUGCUCAUGCAGUGCUUGGGCAUCACCCUCAUGUGGUCCGUUACUACUCCGCAUGGGCAGAAGAUGACCACAUGAUCAUUCAGAAUGAAUACUGCAAUGGUGGGAGCUUGCAGGCUGCUAUAGCUGAAAACGCGAAGUCCGGCAAUCAUUUCCAGGAGCCGAAACUCAAGGACAUCCUUCUACAGGUUUCCCUUGGGCUUAAGUACAUCCACAGCUCUGGCGUGGUGCACCUGGACAUCAAACCUAGCAACAUCUUCAUUUGUCAUAAGAUGCAAAGUGACGCUCCUGUAGUCCCAGAAGAGAUCGAAAAUGAAGCUGAUUGGUUUCUCUCUGCCAAUGUGAUGUAUAAAAUUGGUGACUUGGGUCAUGUGACAUCAAUAAGCAAACCCAAAGUGGAAGAAGGAGAUAGUCGCUUCCUGGCUAAUGAGAUUUUGCAAGAGGAUUAUCAGCACCUUCCCAAAGCAGACAUAUUUGCCUUGGGAUUAACAAUUGCAGUGGCUGCGGGAGCAGAGUCCUUACCUACCAAUGGCGCUGCGUGGCAUCAUAUCCGUCAGGGUAACCUUCCGGACAUUCCUCAGGAGCUCUCAGAAGAAUUCUGCGGUCUACUUAAGAACAUGAUCCACCCUGAUCCAGGGGAGAGACCUUCUGCAGCAGCUCUGGCCAGAAGUCGAGUUCUCCGUCCCUCCCUGGGGAAAGCAGAAGAGCUCCAGGAGCAGCUUAACUUGGAAAAGUUCAAGACAGCCACACUGGAAAGGGAACUGAGAGAAGCCCAGCAGGCCCAGUCCCCCCCAGAAGGCCCUGGUGACCCUGGGGUCUCUGGGACCCCCACAGGAUCAAGAAGCAAACGCCUGGUGGGAAGAAAGAGUGCCAAGUCUUCAAGCUUCACCUGUGGGACGUCUUCCCCAUAAGAACUCAUUUCUCACCAUCCCACCUUUUACCGUAUAGCUUCCUGAAACAGAUAUUGACCUGUCAGCCUUUCUCUUGUAAAUGGAAAGAUGAACCAACUUGACUGCCCAAAGAUUUCAAAAGCCACUCCUAAUUUAGCAUUUACAGCCAAUGUCCUAACGCUGUUAACCUCCUCUUAGCAAUGGUUCCAGAUACAAUAAUUGGCAGCCAUUUCUCUUCUCCAUCGUUGUAUUCCUAACGGCGCCUAUCAACAGUUUGUUCCCUUGUCACAUUUGUUGAUGCACAACGGGAAAGCAUGGGCCUCUGAACUGAAAGAGGAGGCGGCCCUCGUGCAGCCUAUGGACUAAGAGGUUGCUGUAGCUGAUCACCUACCAAGGGUCCCCGGGACUCUUGCUGUGCAUAGAAAGGAAUACAAUUUUGUUUUGAGUUGAGGUAACAGCUUACAAGAAAAUGUGCCUGGAUUUCAACAAUGCUUCCCAGGUUAUAUGAUGGUAUUCCUAAGAGAAUUCUCAGCCUUUGAGCAAGUGGCUUUCCCACUGUAUUUUCUGAAUGGAGAUAACCCCUUUCUCUGAUAUUGUAUUUAUUAAACAAAUGACUCCGUUAUGUGAGGUGGGUAGAAGUAAGACUACACAUAAUUUGAAAUUUCUGAGCUGGCUAUUAACUUAUGGAACAAAAACAUUGGGUAGGGGGUCUGAGGGAGAUUUGAUGUGGCUAUUCUCCCACAGACUACUUGCCUUAAUCCUCUUGUAACUGUUACGAUUGGUUUUGAUUUCCUGGGUGUCAACAAUUUUUCCUUGAUUUUAUCAGAAUUUGGCUUCAUUUACUGUGAUUUUACCAUAUUUUAUCCAAAUCCUUUUCUCUGUACAUAUUUUUAAAGGAAUGGAAUAUUUGUAAAUAAAGGUUUUUAUCUUGUCCAAAGCCAAAUAUGUGUAAAGCACUCUUCUUUGUAAUAUGGAACUAACAAAGAAUGAGAAAUUUAUGUUGGAAACCAUUUCAUGAGUAGACAGGUGAGAGAAUUUGGUGGGUUGGUACUAACAGGUCUUGGCUUCAAGUUCCAGCUUCACGGGCCCAAAAGCUAAUAAUGGCCAGGCUACGAUAUAAAAUGAUGUUGGCCAUAAAGGCAUUUGAUAACUUCUAGUUGUGUCAUAUUAACGGAGGUAGCCUGUUAAUAGCUUGCAGGCU